CGAAAGUGGUGGAAGCAAUGAAGGCCUCUCUGAGCUGCAGCUGCGACGGACUGAGGUGUGACGCAGCUGAAUGUCGCAUUGCGAGAGCCGGAGAUCUCUUCACUGCUUACCUCUUGAGCCCCCUCCCCUCGCAGUCAGACCUCCAGUUCAUUUAGUUCCCAGUGUGCCUUUAGCUUGCACCUCAUUUGCUGGACAAACUUGAUUGACCUUGAUUGACAAUGCCUCAGCCCAAUAAGUGCGCAAGCACAUCACCGCCUCUAGGCUCCGCCUCCCUUUCCAGUCGCUCCUUGGUUGCUGAGGCAGACACCACUGAAGACGUUUUUUUCCCCUUAAAGUUCUAUCGAUUUAUAAUUAAAAAAAAAAAAAAAAAAGCUUAGAUAUGAGGAUUCUUUUCUGCAACAGAACGACUCCCUUGGUAUAACCAAAAAGACCAGUGUUUACUUUUCAUUGAAAGUGGAAGCACCUGAAAAGGAGAUUGGAAAAAGGCAGCUGGGAAAGUGAGAGAAAAAUUGAAUGUUUGUAGUCUUGGAAGCCAUUUGAGAAUGGAACCUGUUUGGUAUACCAGCAGAUGAAGAAUUUAAGGAGGGUGUCUGUCUUUAUUCUCUUUAGAAACUGAGAGUCUGCUCUGGGAACCAUCAGGAACCAUGGGGAAGCGGGACAAUCGGGUGGCCUAUAUGAAUCCUAUAGCAAUGGCCAGAUGGAGGGGCCUAUCUCAAUCUGCAGGCCCAACAAUACAAGAUUAUCUGAAUCGACCAAGGCCCACCUGGGAAGAAGUGAAGAAACAAUUAGAAAAUAAAAAGAAAGGCUCCAAGGCAUUAGCUGAAUUUGAAGAAAAAAUGAAUGAGAACUGGAAGAAGGAACUAGAAAAAAGCAGAGAGAAAUUAUUAAGUGGAAAUGAGAGUUUAUCCAAAAAGAGAGACAGAAAGAAAAAGAAAAAGAAGAAAUCUUGUCGGUCUUCAUCUUCUUCUUCAUUAAGCACUGAUUCUUCAAGCAGUUCCCCAGAUUCUGAAGAUGAGGAAAAGAAAGAAGGAAAAAAGAGAAAAAAAAAGAAGAACCAUUCAUACAAAUCAUCAGAAAGCUCUCCAUGUGAUUCUGAAUCAGAGAGCAAGGAAUCUGUAAAAAAGAAAAAGAAGUCAAAGGAUGAAACAGAGAAAGAAAAGUGUAUUAGAAAUCUCAGCAAAAAAAGAAAGAAAACUUGUCCUGAGGAUAAACCUUUAUCAUUGGAGUCCUCAUCAGAAUCAGAUUAUGAAAAAGAGAUGCAAACAAAAAAGAAGAGAAGACGUGAAGAGCAAGAAAAAGCAACAGAAAAAGCAAAAAAGAAGAAGAAGAAACAGCACAAAAAACAUAGUAAGAAGAAGAAAAAGAAAUCAGGUUCAAGUCACAAAUCAGGAUAGUAUCAAAAAAAAAAAAAAAAAAAAGGAAGAUUUACCUGUUGAAAAAAUCAAGGAAGGUCUAUAGGAAAAUUCAACUGUGAGUGUUAGAGCAUAUUUACCAAAAUGCAUGAGUUUCCCUGUGUUAGAAUUAUUCCUGGACUUUGUUGCCAGUCAAAUACCACUGUGCCAGAAAGGGCCUUAAUUGUUGCCUGCAGCUUAAAUGUAGGGUUUUGUUUUGUUUACAUGUUUUUCCCUCCACUGGCUAAUUUCUCUGAGAGCUAAAAUCGUGUUGUCAUACUAGUGGUUAAAAUGUUUAGAAUUAAAUUAAAUGUUUUAGAUGAUAAAUAAUUCUGACCAAACAAUGUAUCUAAUGUCAAAAGUAUCUAAUUUGGAUACAUCUUUAAAAUAUAUUCAGAAAUAUCCAGGCAACAAUAGUUGACCUUUUUGAAGCAUGGACUUAACAUUAAUGUCUCAAAAUAUUUACAUUUGAAGAUUAAAAUUUAGUUUUUUUUUUCUCCUUAAUAAACUUUUGUUUACAUGGGGAAAGGGCUGUGGGGGGAAAAGAGUUUGCUAUCACUUUGGCAAGCUGAAUAGUGUGCCUUUGAUACUUACACAUCCUAUUUUUGCUAGUGCAGCAGCCAUUCUUUUUACUUAGUAAUGUAUGCUGCUUCACAUGAACAAGAAAGACAGCAAUUUACAGUAUAUGUAAAACCCUAGUUUUAUAAAACUUAUCUCCACUUCCAACAGUACUGAAUAAUAUUUAGUGUUAGAGUGUUACAUGAUUUGAAUUAACUUUGAUAUCCUUUGGAGGAGAAUCAUUUUAAAUAGAUCCUGGUAUUUUUUUUUAUUAAUAAAUCUUUAUCCUGAAAUGUUUUGCAUGUUUCAUACUAUUAAGUUUUGAUUAUCCAGGGACAUUCUAUAUAAACAAUAAUCCUUUUUUUAAUAUGAUUUAUACUUAGGGUACAAGUUUCAAGUUUUUAAUUUAUUAAUCUUACUAUAUUAAUUUCAUUACUGUGUUUGAUUGCAUACUUUCCAAAAUAUUUAGCAUGUAAAAAGAAGAUUAUAAAAAAUAUUUAAUGCCUUCAUAUUGAAGCUGGUUUACUGUAAGCAAGUUGAGUGCCAGACCUCUAGUACGCUGUAUGUCUUGUUACAUAAAACUACUGCCAAAAUCUUAGUAUGCUUUUUAAAAAUUUGUUGUCUUAAGCAUUAAUAUUGAAUUAAAAUAAGAGUUAAAUUAGGAGAUUAUAGUCUGUUUCAUAUUUUACUAAGAUUUGGAGUUUGUUGCCUCGUGUUUGUUGCUAAUUCAUGUUUACCACUAUGCUGAAAUAAGUUGAAAUUUAUUUUUGCUUUACAUAUUUUAUAUAAGAGCAAUAUGAAUUAUAAAUUGAUGCCUAAAAACACCCAUUACAGAAGAUGUGCUAAUUGUAAUGUCAUAUGUACAAAGUAUUUUGGCAUGAGGAGAGAAUAGAUAGCUAUUUUUUUUUAAGUAGCUGAUUUUAUGUCAGCUCCCUUGAGUCAAAAGUAAAAUUAUUAUAAAGAUAGAAAACAUCUGGUACAUAAAUAACAUGUUGACUCCCCAAAUUUUUGCAGUGCAUACACCAGAUUCUCUCAGUAACAUUCUUGGAACAUUAUAAAUGUAAUGCCUUGUUAGGUCACACUGAAGCUUCAUAACUGUAGCUCUUUCCUAAAAUAUAGCUAUAUCUAUAUGCCAAUAAAAUAUUAUAUUUAAGGGAAAUUUUUAUCCAUAUAGAGUUUUCCAAAAUUAUUUUUUAUUAAAAUAUUAAAAAGCAUGUAUUAUUUGUAGAAUGUGGCAAAGACAUUAACAACUAUCAAAUAUCUAUGGGCUCGCAUUCACUUCCCAGGCCCUUAUAGUUAGGCAAUGCCAUUUAUUACUUCCAGCAGAAGGAUUACAGAGAGAUUGUAAACAAAAGUGAUGUGUCGUUUCAGUACUGGUGCAGUAAAAAGUCUUGUGUGACCCUCCAGCUCUCUUUACCUGCCAUGUGGACCUGAAAGCAGUGUGCUCCAAAUAGUGUACCUACAAGAUGGAUGCAACCUGUAUCUCUGUUUGUAAGGGACCUGCCCUGAAGAGCUGAUGGACUUGGGGUGAAUGUUUUGAGUGUGAGAAAUAAACUGUUAUGCGUUAAGCCACUGA